AUGAAUUCUGUUAUCAAACCAACCGAAUCAAACGAUGCCAACCAAUCUCAUAAUGCAAACCAGAACCAAGAUAUUACUCCCACUGUUCCCCGCGUUUACAAAACAGUUGGUAACAUAACCAUCCACAGAGAGAAAAUCGGUCAAGGCGGUUUUGGGGUUGUCCGCCAUGGAACUGUUUCAGUUGGAGGAAACAUUAUUCCUGUAGCAGUUAAGACUGAAAGAGUCACUAGAGGGUUGCGCAGUUUCACUCGGGAAGUGAAGUUCUACACUGAAGCAAACAAUUGGAAUGAGAUUGGAUUCCCAAAGUUAUUCGGGUGUACAAUGGAUGAAAAACAUGGUAUCGUCGCUAUAGAGUUGCUUGGUCCAUCGCUUUAUCAGCUGCAUCAGAAUUCUAAAAAUCAUUUCACUCUCAAAACCAUUCUUCUUCUCGCGGAUCAAAUGAUUUCACUCUUGGAAAAGCUUCAUAGCCGUAGUUACAUCCACAGAGAUCUGAAGCCCGAAAACUUUGUGAUGGGUGGUGAAGGUCCAAAUUCGGAUUUGGUACACCUGAUUGACUUUGGACAUUGUCAGAAAUAUGUGGAAGAUGACGGAUUCCACAAGAGACAUCUCAACAUUCAGUCCAUUUCCGGCACUGCACUUUUCAUGAGUAUGAACGCUCAUACCGGCUACCAGCAAUCACGAAAAGACGACAUGGAGUCUCUUUUCUUUGUCAUCGCCUACCUUACUCUAGGAAUUCUUCCUUGGGGGAGAAAUGAAUAUUCCAACCAGGCUGACCGGACAUUUCAGAUAGGAGUUGAGAAGAGACAGGAGCUCGAAAAGAUGUUGAAGAACCUCCCGGAGGCCUUCCAAAAACUUUACUACUCAAUAUGCAGGUUGGGUUUUGAUGAGACGCCGAAGUACGAAAACUACCGUAAGAUUCUUCGUGGACUAUCAGCUGAAGCCCAUUUUAAGUACGAUUACAAAUACCAAUGGAAUGAAACAUUUGAAAAUGAUCAAAACAACGGACUUGUGCAACAAUAA